UGCGCAGAUUGGGGACCGUCUGGAAGACAGUGCAACUACCGCCAUUUUCCGGGGAGAGGAGCGGCUCCGGCUGCAGUGGGGCUUUUACUGCUGAGGCUCUGAACACAGCCGAGCUUCGCACCCUCCAACAAACCCGAAGGAGCAGAGAAGACCGGGGCCCUCCUACCCCCGCGGGGACCCGGAACUGAGACCUGUGGUGGACACACUGAGGAAAGAUGACUGCUAGAUGUGAAAGCUUGGGGGAGCGAGAAGCCCACCCUGCCUGCCUAGACAGAAAGGCUUCACAGCGGAAGUGGUUAAGCUUGUCUUAAUCGUAUCUUUCUGAGUUAUCUAAGCUAGUUGUUGUUUUAUGAAAAAUGCUUAAUGCUGAGUUAUCUAAUUAUUGAUGUUUGGGAGGGGGAUGUGGGAAAUAGUUGAGGGCAAAUCUGCAUUAUUCUGGUGUUGUUUUGUAUUCUCAUUUUUAGUCUUGCAUCUAUCUUUUUAUUGGGAAUAUGUGCUUAUUUCUAUGAUUUAAAUUUAAACCAGUUAUUUAUUCAGAAUUUUGAACAGUAGAAUGGAGGCCUAGUGCUUGUUCAUUGUAAAGUGAAUAGUAACUUUGAGUACCAACACUUUCUUUUCACAGGAUAGGACACGGUCUGUAUUAUUUUGUCUCUACCCAGUUUCCUUGUAGACCCUUCACCUAUUCUAAGUCAUCAAGCAGAAAUAGUUCAGAUCUGUAAGGUGCAAAAAUAAACCUAGGAUCUGCUGUGAUGGCAUCCGAUGACUUUGAUAUCGUGAUUGAGGCCAUGCUGGAGGCUCCCUAUAAAAAAGAGGAGGAUGAGCAGCAAAGGAAGGAGGUUAAAAAGGACGGCCCUAGCAACCCCAGCAGCAGCACCGGCAACAGUGGCAGUGGGAGCAGCACCAGUGCGGAGGCAAGCAAGAAGAAGAGUCGGAGCCAUAGUAAAAGCAGGGAUAGAAAGCGCAGUCGUAGUCAAGACCGUAGUCGAGACCGGGAUCGGCAUAGACGGAGAAGUAGUCGGAGCCGAAGUCGAGAUCGGCAGCAUCGUCACCACAGCCAAAGCUGGGAUCAUCAGCAUAGUAGUGAGUCCAGAAGUCGGGCCCCACGUCGUGAGAAUCGUGUGCACUACAGGAGUCCACCACUUGCCACUGGGCAUAGGUAUGGACACAGUAAGAGUCCUCAUUUCAGAGAGAAGAGUCCGGUCAGGGAGUCAAUUGAUAAUCUGAGUCCCGAGGAGCGUGAUGCCCGAACAGUUUUCUGUAUGCAGUUAGCCGCCCGCAUUCGGCCUCGAGACCUGGAGGACUUUUUCUCUGCUAUUGGCAAGGUUCGUGACGUACGUAUCAUCUCAGAUCGGAACUCACGUCGUUCUAAGGGCAUUGCCUAUGUGGAAUUCUGUGAAAUCCAGUCUGUGCCACUGGCCAUUGCGUUGACAGGGCAGCGGCUGCUGGGGGUGCCUAUCAUUGUACAGGCCUCACAGGCUGAGAAAAACCGACUGGCAGCCAUGGCCAACAACCUACAGAAAGGCAGUGGUGGACCAAUGCGCCUCUGUGUGGGCUCCCUGCACUGCAAUAUUACCGAGGACAUGCUCCGGGGCAUCUUUGAGCCCUUUGGCAAAAUUGAUAAUAUUGUCCUGAUGAAGGACUCAGAUACAGGCCGCUCUAAAGGUUAUGGUUUCAUUACGUUCUCUGACUCUGAGUGUGCCCGACGGGCCCUGGAACAGUUGAAUGGCUUUGAGCUUGCUGGUCGACCUAUGAGAGUUGGCCAUGUGACUGAGCGACUGGAUGGUGGCACAGACAUCACUUUUCCUGAUGGAGACCAGGAGCUGAAUCUGGGAUCAGCAGGUGGACGUUUGCAGCUCAUGGCCAAAUUGGCAGAAGGCUCUGGGAUCCAGCUGCCAACCACAGCCGCUGCUGCUGCCGCCGCUGCCCAAGCUGCUGCUUUGCAGCUGAAUGGAGCAAUUCACUUGGGGGCCCUAAACCCAGCAGCUCUGACUGGUAGACGUGGACUUGGGAAAGGGAUAGAUGGGCUGGGCCUGGGAAGAAGGAAUGCUCUGUGCUCACUGACUCACUUUGCCUCUUCUCUCUGUUCUAGCUCUGAGUCCAGCCCUGAACCUUGCCUCUCAGGCAAUUGCCUCCCAGUGCUUCCAGCUUUCCAGCCUUUUUACCCCCCAGACCAUGUGAGUCGCGGGACCUCAUUCAUUUUAGACUCUGGUUAUUUUCUUUCGUUUUACUUCCAUUUACCUCUUCUCUUUGUCCCAAGUAAAUCAGUGGCACAGUACAUUGCCUCCCUAUGCCUCUGGGUCCUGCCACUCCAUAUCUACCAUUCUACGGCCCCUUCUAUCCAUUUUGUGGAUCAAGCCAUCCUGAAGCCAUGGACAUUAACUCUGGGGGAAUUGGGGUCACCCUUAGACACCAAGAAGAGCUCCUGCCCAUGGACCCACUGGGAAUGGACUCUGCUGAGCAACCACUAGUUGAAGAGAAGAGAAUUAUUGAACACCUGUUUCUCCAUGUAUACCAUCUCCUGGGAUGAUCUUCAUUGCCCUUUCCAACCACCUCUUAGUGAUUCCUUGAUUCCUCCUCUGUUGAGAAGGCUUUAGGGCAUUAACUGAAGGAACUGAUUUCUUUUUGUCCCCUAUACCUUUACCCUACAAUUUUGUCAAGGAAAAACCCUUAAGCCCUCUGGUCCAAGAGGAUUUUUCAGUUUGGGGGCUGAACCUUGAAGGUGCUGGCUUGAUGCUACAAGGGCCCUGGAAGAUAGCUUGGACAUGUAUGUGCAUUGUAAAGCCUGCCUUAGACCUCAGUUUGGGGCCAGAACGACUGUGGGCUCUGCAGUUUGCUGGGAGCUAUAGAAAUGAUCUAUCCUGCCAGGUAUUUUGGAUGUCUUAGGGGCAUUCAGGAGUUUAGUGAAAGAUGGGGUACCUUUCUAGUAUCUUCCAUCUUCUUUUGUAUAGUUAGUUGUCCUUCCUCCCAGGUCCUUCCUUUGGUCCAGGAAGAGGAUGGUGGAGAGGCUGCUACUCUCCACUACUUCCGACGUGCCUCUACUGUGGGCUCCACCCCAGCGCUAAAGCCACUCCUGUCCCCUACUUGGGCACAUAUGAGCCCUUCUCACUGGACUUUAUAUCCUUGAGUCUGUGUACAUAAAUAAUAUAUAUAUAUAAACUUUGUACAAAAGGCAAGCCUUGCUGUUGUGGCUGCUGCCCAUGUGUGUAGUCUCAGUCAGUUGUGCCUGAUGUUAACUUCUAAUGAGCCAAAACCACGAGUGGUUGUAGGAAUAUAAAACAAUGCCAUUGUGUUUUCUUUAUUUUAAUGGUAUCUAACCUUUAGAAAUAAAACAGGACAAAAGGUGCAUACCUGUAUACAGAUACACUGUCUGUAUCUGCAUUAUACUUUCUGCCCCUCGGUCUCCUAUCUGUCUUCAUGUUAACUAUCUCCAAACCUACCUGCCCACUGGACAGACUGCCAGGCUCUGUCUCUGUGCCCAAGGACAGAUCUUGUCUUUCCACCAGAUGGCAGUGUGACAUUCUGCACCUUUCUUGAGGGUUGUAUGAUCUGGAGCAGCGGUAGCCAACCUUUUGGGCGCCAACCUUUCGGACCUCACGGACUACCAGUGGUCCACAGACUACUGGUUGGCGACCGCUGAUCUGGAGGACUUAAAUAUCAGAGAAGUCUUCCAAGCUCAACAUUCUUACCAUUGGCCUCCAUACUGCCUUUAGCCCUUUUUGUAGUAGGAAUCCCAGUCCAAUAUCCAAAGGGAUUUGGGCAUCAUACAUCAGCACUCUUCAGGCCAUAAGCCAUCUAUUCUCCCAGUCACCUCAACUCUUGCUUUUCAAAUAUAUAGCUCUGCCUGGGACAACACAGGCCUGGGACCAAUGACUUCCAGGGAGCUGAGUAUUCCAGGAAUGGCCCUACCAAAAGGGUGGUACCCCUUCCUCUGCCCCCUUUAUAAGGCUUGUAACAGACAACUGAGUCAGAGCCUGGCUUACCAGCUAGAAAUCAGCCAAGAGGAGGAGGUCUGAGGUUCAGGGGCAGGGCUGGUGGGGCUCCUUCAUUCUUUACUGGUCUCUAUGGCAACAGAGUGUUAAGACUUUAUUAUCUUGCUAAAAAUAUGGAUAAUUGCUGUUAAGUUUUAAUUUGUCAGCUCUCAGACUUCUAAAGCAGAGUGAUGGUUUUCUGGUGAUGUUUACUUCUGGGGUUGCUUUUAACACAAGUAUUAAGUACUUGAAGCCUGUUUGUGGUAUAAAAGACCACUGGGACCCAGGACUAGCUCUUGGUUCUUCUAGGCUGCUGCAGUCUUGCUGCUUCUGUUUUGCUGCCACCCCCACCCCUUCCCUAGUUUGCUCUCUGAACCUGGGGGAAGGGAAGGAGGAUGCAUUAUUUUUAGGUAGGAGCAGCUGGCUAUGGCCCAGUCCCCCUAUAGUUAUUGAUUUGCUGCUAAUGCAUCCUGAGAAGCACAGCGCAGACCAUUUUUGUUAGUCAUCCUGAAGAUAUGGACCAGGCCUCCUCAUGGCAGUCUCUAACUCUUCCAGAACUAUAAAUACCCACAGGCCUCACCUCCCUGCCCUCCUCAGAUGGACCCCCAUCUGCUUGUUGUUGUUUUUUUGCUGUUGGUUUUGUUGUUAAUCCUCACCUGAGGAUAUUUUUCCAUUGAUUUUUUUUAAUUGUCUGAGUUUUAUUGAAGACUGUCCAGUUGUGAGGCAGAAGGAAAACUGAACACAAGUUAGUUUUGUUGCCGCUGUUUUUAAUGUCCUUUGAUUGUCUUUGUAAAGGGCCUCUGGGAUGCCGCUGUUCCAGAAUCAGAUCAAUAAAUCUUCACCUGGG